ACACAAGGUACCUGAAGUAUCCUCCCAGAGCAAGACCAUCCAUUAAGCUAAUUCACAGUCGUGUGGACAUUAUAUCCUAGCCCACAGACAUGGAAAUCACAGUUAUGCUUGUUGAAUACCAUGAGCCAGUAAGCGCAUGACUUUCAGGGCAUCGUUCAAAGCCAAUCAUCACCGGCCUAUUAUAGUAAGGACCUCAAUUGGAGAACACAUGUGUUCAUCAAUUAGGAGCUUACGUUUGUCACCCGUCACUCCAACUCCCAUUUUGAGAAAAAGCACGAAUUAAGAGACACAACAAAAUAUACUGAAAUACAAAACAGGGAGAAUGUUCGGGUGUUUGGAUUUAGCAGGAUCAUCGGUUCAGACAUGCUGGCACGCGUUGCGUCUGUGCUUCAGACGAGAGGUGACCGAGGAGGAGAAGGUAGCAAGGAGCACAAGCGCGAGAAUAGACCGAGAUCUCUUUGAACACGCCAAACUCGAGUCGCACGUGGUUAAGAUUCUAUUACUGGGUGCCGCUGAGAGUGGCAAGAGCACUGUGGUUAAGCAAAUAAAGAUCAUCCACAGUCAUGGCUUCAGCAGACGGGAACUCAUCAGUUUUAAGCCAGCAGUGCUUGAUAACCUGCUCAACUCUAUGAAGUUUGUCCUAUGGGGUAUGGGCCUUUUGAGGAUCAACCUGGCCAAUCAGAGGAACAAGGACCACGCCCAGUCUGUGCUGGCAUGUGAUUGGUGCACUGGGAAAGAUGCAGAGCUGCUGCCAUUUCUGGCUCAGGCCUUCUGCUGUUUGUGGGCAGACCAGGGGGUGAGGGCCGCAGCCGCCCGUGGGUAUGAGUACCAGCUCAACGACUCUGCUCUCUAUUUCUUUGACAAUAUCGGUCGGAUCAUCGGCCCAAACUACGUUCCCACGGAGACAGACGUGUUGCGUGUUCGUGUACGCACCAGUGGUGUGACGGAAACUCAGUUCUGUGCUGCUCAGUUUAUCUUUAGGCUGUAUGAUGUGGGAGGACAGUGCACACAGAAGAGAAAGUGGCUGCGCUGCUUUGAUGGCGUGCGUGCUGUGCUCUUUCUGGUGGAUCUCAGUCGAUACGACCUCCGUCCUCAGCAGCAGGACUCGUCCACGGGCUGUAUCCAGGACAGUCUAGAACUCUAUUCGUCCAUCCUUUCCAACACCGUCUUCAGCAGUGCGUCAUUGAUUUUAAUCAUGAAUAAAAUGGAUCUCUUUCAAGAAAAGAUAUUAAACUCUGGAAGGCAUCUACGGAUUUAUGUUCCAGAUUUCAAAGGGGCAGACCGUGACGUCAGCGGUGCUGCUGGUUUCCUCACUAGCUUGUUCACAGAGCACCUCACCUCCCCAGCAAAGCCUUUGUACCAUCACUAUUCCACAGCCACGGACACCAGCUGCAUCAGGGACAUCUUCCAGACAGUCAUGGACAACGUUGUCAAAGAUAAUUUGGCUAAUGUGUGUACCCUGUGAGUGACACACUUAGGUCUUUUUAAUUUUUACUAGUUUUAUAUGUUCUUUUACUAGUUUUAUAUGUUCUUUCCUGUGGUGCACUGACAUGUGCAAAUGUAUGUUUAACCAGAAGAGUAAAGAGAAGGUAUCUUGCUUCUGUGUACCAAUGUAUACUAUAUCAUUUGGUAAUAAACUAACUCC